AUGUCAAAAAUCGCAUCGACCUUCUCGCGCCUUGUGCGCUUUGUACCUAAGUCAAACCCGUCUAAGGUUCUGAUUGGCGAGCCGGUAGAUGCGCAACUUGACGUUGGAUUGGCUCUUUACCAGGGAAAGGAAGUCUCAGUGCGACCAUUCACCGGAGCAUCCGUCCUUAACCCAGGUCAAAAGACAGAGUCUACUGAGAUCAUCAGCCGGAUUCUCUCCCCUUUGUCGCAGAACGAGGUCGGAUCGAUUAGAUGUAUUGGGCUAAACUAUACCUCUCACGCCGCCGAGAUGAAACUAUCUAUCCCGGAUGUUCCCACACUGUUCAUUAAGCCAUCAACGGCCCUUUCCGACCCUUGGCCUGUGCCAACCGUUAUUCCCAAGAUCACGCAGGUUGACAACACAGGCGACUAUGAGUCUGAAAUGGUUAUUGUUAUUGGUCGUGAUGCGAAGGAUGUUAGCGAGGCUGACGCCCUGGACUAUGUUCUUGGAUACACGGCAGCAAACGAUGUUUCAAGCCGCACGUCACAGAUGAACCAGAGUCAAUGGUGUUUCUCUAAGGGAUUCGAUACCUCGUGUCCAAUUGGACCGGCUCUCGUUUCUGCGGCAUUGUUCCCGGAUGCCAGCAAAUUCCAGAUCCGCGGGCUGAAGAACGGAAAAGUGCUACAGGAUUGUCCUCUAACGGACUUAAUCUUCAGCGUGCCCAAGCUCGUCAGCUUUCUGUCUCAAGGAACAACUCUACCAGCGGGAACUAUUAUCUUGACUGGAACUCCUCCUGGCGUUGGAGCUGCAAAAAACCCGAAGGAGUUCUUGAAGCACGGGGAUGAGUUCGCCGUUGAAUUGCUGCCUCACGUUGGAACUCUGGUGACGAAGAUUGAAAACCAGAAAUGA